AUGAAGUUCACAUCCGCUCUCGGAGGUCUCCUCCUCCUCGGCAGCGUCUCCGCCUCGCCAGUUGCCGACGACUCCAGUCUGCAAGCCCGCGGCAAGUGUCAGUACAAGGACAAGACCUGCUGCGCUCCUGACAAGGACGCCAUCGCCGACUACGGACGUACCGGCUACUACCCUUACCGUCAGACCAUCUACGUCAAGGCACACAAGAGCAUCCAGGCCGCCAUCAACAAGGCCCAUGCCGGUGACAAGAUCGUCGUCGCUGCCGGUAUCUACGCUGAGCAGAUCACCAUCAGCAAGGAUGGUAUUGAGCUCGUCGGCAAGAAGGGCGCCGUCAUUGUUCCUCCCAAGAAGUUCAAGAAGAACACUUGCUCUGGCAUUAGCGGUCCCAAGACUGAGGCCGGUAUCUGCGUCACUGGUCGUGGUGUCCAGUUGGAGAAGUUCAUCACCGAGCAUCGCAGAGUCCUCGGUGUCAAGACCAAGACUCAGGAUGUUUCCGUGAGUGGCUUUGAGGUCCGAAAGUUCUCUGGCCUCAACAUCGCUGUCGUGGGCUGCAAGAACACCCGCAUCACUGGCAACACCCUCACCGACGGCGGCAAGUAUGGUACUCUUACUGUCGGCUCGGUCAAGACCUUGGUUCAAGGUAACAAGGUCUCUAACACGGGACUUGGACCCAUCGCUAUCUGCAUGGACAACUUCUCCGAUGUCUUGGUCAAGGAUAACAACGUCGACAACCACAACGUCGGUCUCUGCGUCCAGACCGACGGUGCUGAUGUUCAGUACAACAGGGUCACGCAGAGCUGCGUCGGCAUCUUUGUUGAUCCUGGAACCAAGAAAGCCAAGAUCCGUCACAACUACAUCGGCCCUUCGAACCCCAAGUGUGGUGGUGCUGCAGGAAUCAUCCUCGACGGCACCAUUGGAGUCAAGGUCACCGACAACGUCGUUGAGGGCCAGCACAAGAACCAGGCUGCCACUGCCAUCGUUCUCGUCGAUGAUCCUUGCCCUCAGACUGGCCCUAACGUCCAGCUUUCUUGCCUGAAGCUCAAGGGGCCAGCCAUCGCCUCCAACAACAUCUUCAUUCGCAACACCUUCCGCGACAACGACUUGGAUAUCUUUACCAACACUACCGGCAAGGGCAACGUGUUUAAGUGCAACAACUGCAAGACCUCGUUCCCUAUCCUCGAUCUCUGCAAGCUGUAA